GAGUGACGUUGUGGGGUGGAUGGCGGUUUAGCUUGGCUAAUACCUGCGUCCCGCAAGACCUUAUAAGUAGAGAUGCAACUAGUAUCGAUGCAGGUAUCGUAACAUCAUAUUCUUAUCAUGCUUGUUUUUCAUGAGCCUUUUCUCUCCAGUAUCGACCGCGAGUUGGAGUGGAAAUCAAAUGUGCAACCAAUAUUGCAAUAUGUUCGAACAGAACUGGAAAAUGCGAAAUAUGACCACGGUUUCGUAUUCUGGCUGCCAGCGAAGGAAGGACUAUCUAGACGAUCGGUGGACCAAGACAGUGGAAAAGGCGUUUCUGAACAAUAUAACGAGGACUCUAUCGUUGUGGUCUGGGGUCCAUUUGAAGACAGCUACAUGGUAUACAAAAACCUGGUAACCCCAGAUACGCGAGACAUUUACUUCGGUCGGUUGUUUAGAGCGCGAUCGUCGGAUAAGAAUCGUGUUUUCGACAAGCAAAGAGGAGGUGUGCUACUCCUAAGGCAUGUUUCUGCGAGCUCAAUAGGGAUUCAAGUCGAGCCUGGGCUGGAACGACCGAAGCCUACGUUGUAUCGACGAGGGUCUGACGCUACGCUUUUUUCGACACAUGUCACACAGGAAGUCGAAGCCAGGAGGUACUUGGUCCCGGAUACAGCCUUCAGAGUAUUGGAUGAAUGUUCCCAGACGACUAGCUCUCCUCAAUCUGGUUUCGGAGCACCUGGUGCCAUUGAGCAGAAUACAUGUAGCCUACCUCGACAAGCAUCUUCGAGUAUUAUAGCAUCAUCCGCGGCCCGCAACUCCAUUCCAUGGGAUGUAUGGCAGCCAAUUGAUCGUGUGUUGAAGCGCAUCAGUGCGGCAUUUGAGCGGAGGACCAUGACCAAGCGAAUUGUCGUUAGGCGUCCGAUGGCCCAAUUUUGGGCAAACACAAAAGGGGUGGUGGCUGUGGCUAUAGCUUCAGUAUAGAGGAUGAGAUUAC